AUGACUUUGAGGCCAUUCUUAAGCCUACCGCGACUCAAUACGGGGAGAAUACUUUUAACCGAGGGGGUGCGUUGCUUUGUAAAUGACGAUCCAAAGAUGCUACUUACCGAAAUGUUCAAUUACAUUGGUGAUGUAUCGGUUAAGAUUCAGCAGUACAAUGUCAAUAAAUAUAUGUCGCUUCUACAAAAAAUCAUCAAUGCACAUGGUCUGACAGGUAUGGAAGUCCCAGGCGCUAAUUCUGAUAAAAAAUAUGCCAGCUUCUUUGACUUUCACCGCAGUCUUGGUUUUGGUAAGCAAAGGUCUGAUUAUGGGAAACUGAAACAGCAGCUUGACCAGGUACCAGUAUUCGGCUUCAAUUCUGGUCGAUAUGAUAUUAACUUGAUUAAGAAAGAUUUGUUUGCCGUAAUUGGUACCGACAACGUCAAAUCUGUCAUCAAGAACCCCAGCUACAUGUGCAUUGCUACAUCGGACAUGAAAAUGCUUGAUAUCACUAACUAUGUACCAGCUGGUACCAGCUACGACAAGUAUCUUACAACAUAUCUCGGGUCUUUUCCUUACGAAGUACAUCACCGCCGUUCAAUGUCUAAAGCAGACUACUAUCCCACCUAA